CCACGGGCAGCGCCCGCGCACGGCAUGCCGGGAGCACUGUCUGCCCUCACUGGACUACAGCCCCCAGCAGGCCUCACGCCAGGCGGGAGAGAACCAAUAGCUGAGACUCUUACAGCGCAGCAUUGACGUCUGGAACCAAUAGGCUGAGGGCUUUCUGGUGUGACUUAUCGGCAGCGAGCAUGGCGCCUCCCGCACGCUACUGCAUCCCUGGUGAGCGGCUGUGCAGCACGGAGGAGGCCACGGCUGGGAGCGGGACCUACACUCGUCAUGGCUUCAUCUUCUCCUCGCUGGCUGGCUGCCUGGAGAGGAAGAAUGAGGACAACGAGCUUCCCGUGGUGUCGGUGGUGAGAGACAGCGAGUCCCAGCUCCUGCCCAACGUGGGGGCUGUGGUGACAUGCAAGGUCUGCAGUAUUAACUCUCGCUUUGCCAAGGUGCACAUCCUGUAUGUUGGCUCCACGCCGCUGAAGUCCACCUUCCGAGGCACCAUACGGAGAGAAGAUAUCCGAGCCACGGAGAAGGAUAAGGUAGAAGUAUAUAAGAGCUUCCGCCCCAGUGACAUCGUGCUGGCCAAAGUUAUCUCCCUGGGGGAUGCACAGUCCAACUACCUGCUGAGCACAGCAGAGAACGAGCUGGGUGUGGUGGUGGCACGCAGUGAGGCAGGUAGGGACAGGACAGGGACAGGGUCUGGGCUGAAACAGUUCUGCCUCAUCCCUGCCUUAGGGGCAGCUGAUGCAGCUGCCUCCCUCUCCCCACGGAGAUGCAAAUGCAAGUUUGGGAAGCAGCAACCCUGACCUACUGUGUUCCCCAGGGGUGCAGAUGGUGCCCAUCAGCUGGUGCGAGAUGCAGUGCCCACGGACACACACUAAGGAGUUCCGUAAGGUGGCCCGGGUACAGCCCCAGUUCCUGCAGACAUAACACCUGAGGGGGCAGGGGGCUGCAGGACUGGGGCCUGUGGAGCAAGCAGCCCCUGGGCUCCCACAUCCUUCACAGGUUCACCCAGGCCUCCACUGACAAGACCGGUUUGCUAUUUGUGGAUAAUAAAUAUUUUUUGAGAGCUUCA